AGAGCGAGGAUGUGCAGAUCCAGAGCUGAUCCACAAGUGGACAGAAGGACAAUCACUCAGAAGACGCAUAGAAGACCUUCAGUAUUAAUGUUGGCUACAUUUGGAGAACACAUUUCUUUUUAGAAACCCUGAGGAAAGUGUUUGAAACAUCCCAAAUCAUCUUUCAGAAGUUCCUGAAUCUUGUAUAACUUUUAGGAAGGAGUGAUGCGUCUCUUAAACAAGGACCUGCGUCUGCAGGACGUCACGCUGAUCUACGUGAUCCUGCUUGCUGCGUUGGUGGUUCUCCUGGUUGCCCCGUACCAUGCCUCAUCCCCAUUUUCAUCAUUUCCAACUUUGUCUCCGUCUCCAGAUGGUUCCUCGAGACCUUCCUUAUCCUAUCAUGUUCCGCUGGAUCCUGCUGGGCAGCUGGAGCUUUGUUGGAACAUCAGUUACUCCAAACAGGAGGUGUACAUGGAGCUCCGGGUCAAGGAGUUGCCCUACGGUCUUCUCCUCGGCAUGUCGGACCGCGGGGAACCCACUAACGCCGACCUGGUGCUUUUGUGGAACGAUGGGCACAAGUCCUACUUCGGGGAUGCUUGGAGUGAUGAUGAAGGCCGUGUAACUUUAGACAGUCAGCAGGAUUAUGAGCUGCUGGAUGCACGGAACACUCCGGAAGGCUUUUCUGUGCUCUUCAGGAGAUCUUUCAGUACCUGCGAUCCCCAUGACUACAUUAUCGAGGAAGGAACGGUUCACCUGAUCUACAGCAUACUCGACCAGCCAAUCCGCUCGCUCCAUCAGCUCAACGUGUCCCGCCUUCACCCUGGUGUUCAGCGAAUCCUCCUGCUGCGCCCUGACACGCCCAAUCCCUCUCUCCCCCAGGACGUGCGAUCGCUCGAGGUUCUGGCCCCAAACGUGGUUAUACCUGAUCAAGAGACCACCUACUGGUGCUACAUGUACCAACUACCCCCUAACAUGCCCAAAAACCACAUCGUCAUGUACGAGGCAGUGGUGAGCUCAGGAAAUGAGGCCAUGGUUCAUCACAUGGAAGUGUUUGAAUGUUCUCCUCGUAUGGAUUUCGUUCCUGAGUACAGCGGCUCCUGUGACUCCAAGAUGAAGCCAGCGAAGCUGAACGCCUGCCGUCACGUCCUGGCUGCGUGGGCCCUCGGAGCCGAGCCGUUCUACUACCCCUCAGAUGCUGGCCUUCCUCUAGGUGGAGAAGGUUCCUCCAGGUUCCUUCGUUUGGAGGUGCACUAUCACAACCCACUCCACAUCUCUGGCCGCCGUGACUCGUCAGGUAUCCGCCUGUGGUUCACUCCAUCCCUGAGGCGUUUCGACGCCGGGAUCAUGGAGCUUGGUUUGGUCUACACGCCCGUCAUGGCCAUCCCUCCUCAACAACACAGCUUCCAGCUCACGGGCUACUGCACUGCUGAGUGCACACACACGGCGCUGCCUCCUGAAGGGAUCCAUAUUUUUGCAUCGCAGCUGCACACACACCUGGCAGGUCAAAGCGUUCGGACCGUUCUGGUGAGAGGAGGGAAAGAGGUGGAGGUGGUACAGGAGGACAAACACUUCAGCACACACUACCAAAUCAUUCGCAUCCUCAGGAAGAUGGUGACUGUUCUGCCAGGUGAUGUACUUCUGACAAAAUGCACUUAUAACACAGAAGACAGAGUUAAAGUUACAGUGGGUGGAUUUGGGAUCAUGGAGGAAAUGUGUGUAAAUUAUGUGCACUAUUACCCCCGUACACAGCUGGAGCUCUGUAAGAGUCACGUAGACCAGGAUUACCUGCAGAGGUUCUUCAGCAUCAUCAACAGGUUCCAUGGCGGUGAGGGCUGCAGCUGCUCUCAGACCACAGUGGAGGACCAGUUCUCCUCUGUGAUCUGGGACUCCUUCAGUGCCAGGGUUCUCGACUCCCUGUACACCACAUCCCUCAUCUCUAUGCACUGCAACCAGUCCACUGCUGAGCUCUUCCCUGGUAGCUGGGAGAAACAGAAGAUUCCUGAGGUGUUAGCCGAGCUCCAGCCAAGUAUGCGAGCGUGUGAACCGAGCCAAGCUGGACCUCAGAACCGUCCUACAGAGGUCCAACCUCAACACAGCGGAUAACAUGCAGUCUUCCCAUUCCCACACAGACACGCCCAGUUCUCCAACAACAGUAUUAAUGUCCCUGCUUUUGGACAAUGUCCAUUUGUUAAAAGCGAUAUAUAACCUGAUUUUAGAUCUAUAAAUAAAUAAAAACAGACUGUGUUUACACCAGAAGACACAAACUGACCAAAACUAAUGAAUUGACAUAUUUACUGAGAUUUAACUCUCAGUGGGUGUGGUCAGAGCUGAGGUAUGCAAAGCUUCUAGUCAUUAUAUGUUUACUAGAACUGUAGAGUUGUUUUUUUGUGCAGUUGUGAUUAUUUAUGUUUUAUGCAUAUUUAUAGUGUAGUCUGUAAUAAUGGACAAGCUGUCUUUAAUUUUAGGUGUUAAAUAUGUAGAUUUCUCGCUUUUUUGUUUAGUGACACAGUAAUGAGGCUAAUAGCAACACGUACAGUGAAUACACGUUAUAAUAAAUAUAUGUACACAAAAUAAUAAUAAAGCAAUGUGG